AAAAGAAAACUAGAAACCCCAAGAAAAAGAAAGAAAGAUGGAUCUUCGAACAAGAAUGAUCCUUGUCCUAACCCUAGUUGUAAUGUCCGUAUGGGGUUUGGACGCAUCAGCAAUGCAAAAGACGAAAUUCGACGCGCCACUUUUGACUGAAAAAAUCGCAACGAAUAGAUCGAUAAUUGUCGAUAUCGAAGGCAAAGGAGACUACACUUCGGUUCAAAAAGCCAUUGAUGCUGUCCCUGUUGGUAACUCAAAUUGGAUUAUCGUCCAUGUCCGUAAAGGAAUCUACAAGGAGAGAGUGCACAUUCCUGAGAACAAGCCGUUCAUAUUCAUGAGGGGUAAUGGAAAAGGAAAAACGGUGAUCGAAUCUUCGCAAAGUUCGGUCGACAAUGUUGCUUCAGCCACUUUCAAAGUCGAAGCUAAUCACUUUGUCGCUUUUGGUAUUAGCAUCAGAAAUGAUGCACCGAUCGGAAUGGCAUUCACGUCUGAGAACCAAUCGGUGGCAGCGUUUGUGGCUGCUGACAAAGUAGCGUUUUACCAUUGUGCGUUCUACAGCUUACACAACACUUUGUUUGAUAACAAAGGAAGACAUUACUACCACGAGUGUUACAUCCAAGGCUCCAUCGACUUCAUCUUCGGUCGCGCAACUUCCAUUUUCAACAAUUGUGAGAUAUUUGUGAUAUCGGACAAGAGGGUUAAACCGUACGGGUCAAUCACAGCACACCAUAGGGAAAACGCAGAGGAAAAGACGGGUUACGUGUUCAUAAGAGGCAAAGUAUACGGAAUUGAUGAGGUUUACUUGGGCCGAGCCAAAGGACCUUAUUCUCGAGUCAUCUUUGCCAAGACUUACUUGUCCAAGACCGUUGUGCCUGAUGGUUGGACCAACUGGAGUUACCACGGCUCAACCGAGAAUUUAUACCAUGGGGAGUAUAAAUGUCAUGGACCAGGAGCUGAGAGGCAAAAAAGAUCUGAUUGGGCCAAAGAGCUUACCAAACAAGAAGUUGAGUCUUUCUUGUCCAUUGAUUUUAUUGAUGGCACUUCUUGGCUCCCUGUUUGGCUUCAGCAUAAGUCUUAGAAUUCCUUAUGCUGUCGCGUUUGGCUUUUGGCAUUUCGCGUUUUGGUGUGGCUUGGAAAAAGAAAACAUACGAAGAAAGAAGAGUAUUUCAU